GCUCCUGAGAGGAGUGUGUGGCCGCCACUGCUGAUGCUGCUGACGCUGCUACUGCGGGUGGAGGGUCCAGGGCAUGCUCGCCUCACAUCAGAUGACGUUGCUUUGCCUCAAAGGCCUGAGCCUGGGAGUCACUGGGGGCAGACGCACGCCGAGCCACGUGACACCAGACAGAGAUGUGUCCUGUUGUUGACGAGACAGGGGAGCAAAGGCCCAUCUGGUCCAAAACAAGGCAGCGAUGGCAAAGAGAGAUUACCUGGUGGAGGCGGCCAAGCAGAUCCGCAUGGCACUGGACAGUGAGGUCAAUGAGGACUAUGAGGCCGCCUUCAGUUACUAUAAGAACGGGGUGGACUUGCUGCUGAAUGGGGUUCAGCUGGAUCCAAACAAGGAACGUCGGGAGGCUGUGAAGAGGAAGACAACCCAAUAUCUGAAGAGAGCUGAAGAAAUCUUCAUAACACAUCUGCAGGACAACUUGGGGAAGGGAAGCUCUCAUUUAGGGGGUUACAGCAGCCUGAGAUUCCGUCCAAUCAGACACUUGAGUUCACCUGUGGAGGAUCUGGAGAUGUGUAAGGUGGUGGGAGUGACUGAUAAGGUCCUGAUUGUCCAAAGUAUGGUCAAUAAGGAGACAUUUGUUGUUAAGAGUCUGGUCAAGUCGAGCUGGGAGAGCAGGGAUCAGUCGACCAUCAUUCCUCAGGGGGUGCCAUACAUGGUGAAGCUGCUGAGAUUCUACGUCAGCGAGGAUGCUGUGUACCUGCAUCUUGAGCAUGUCAAAGGUGGGAGGCUCUUCUCCAAGCUGCACAAGUUGAGGAACGAGAAGGCCAAGGAACACCCAGAAUGCUUCACUUCUGGCCAACCCAGCAUCAAGCUGAAGACCAGCUACACCUCACCCACCAUCAGCACAGACUACCAGCACAACAGCACAGGGAGCGCGGGGGUGAUUCCGGAUAAAUUAAGCGAUGAGAGCCCAGACACCGACUUCCCCACCUCAUGGGAUGAGACUCAGCAGCGACUGGAGAGCUGCGGGACUCACUCCUACAUCGAGGAGACGGGUUGUCUGCAGAACACACGUUCCGCAGCAUCGUUUUAUACCAAGCUCGAUCGGCUAACUCUGAAUUCAGGCUCGGCGAGGACACAGGUCAACACCCGCAUCCAUCCACCAGCUCCCAGUUUGUGUUUGCACUCGGGUGAAACUCAGGAACAGCCUGCUCUUCCUCUUGCUUGCUCUCGUGUCAGUCAAGCUCUUGACGUCAUGUCAGAACUGCAAACAAAUAAAGCUGCAUUGGGACUGACAGAGUGCAGCUCUGAGUUUGAAGUGGCUUGGAAAGUUGCAGAUCCAGUUCAUAACUGUGUACAAAUGAACCCCUAUGCAGUGACCGACAGUCAUUUCAAUAGCCCGCUGGGACAAACCCCACCUCAAACAAAUCAGACCUCAUUUGCAAAAGCAGGAUCACCAAACAGUGAAAUUAACGGUUUGAGUUCAUCCCCUGCCAUUUUGCAUCUUCCUCUCUAUUGCCAAACCCAGAUCUGUGGCAGGGCAUCAUGGGAUACCAAUGGCUCACACCUAGGAUCUGUUUUGAUGGGAAACUCUGCAGAUGUGGUCACAGACUCGAAGAGAGACGGCAGCAGUCCCACCACAGAGGAGAGAAAUGGCAUGGUGGUCCUCAGGAGCACAGACAGAGCAGUAUUCUCUGACCACACAGACACCAUAGAAUGUUCUGUCCCUUUCUCUGCUUCCCUCUGCCACGGCAUUGCAGGGAAACAGGGGGCAUUUUCAGGGAUCCCCUCGGCCCUCUCAGGGGUGAACAAAGGGGAAACACGUUCCAGUCAGACAAGGGAGGGUGUGGAGGAGGCCUCCGAAUUGCUGUGUCCCGGAGAGAAGGUGGCAUUGGGAAGAGAGCAAUCAUUUGUGGGCUGGUUGUCCUCCAGCACUACUGGAGCCUCGUCCCACAGGGGGGAUGAGGAGGUGGAUGAUUUCCUUAAAUCAGAAGAAUCGGAGGAGCUAGGGGAAGACCAGAUCAUUGAGGUGGAUGGCUGGUGCCACCUGCCUCGGUUCCCUGUGAAGUCCUCCAUGCCUACAGGUAAGGCCAUGCCGACCUGCUGGGGCCUUCCAGAGGCAGAGGUACGUGUCUGGGGGGCUCAGAUUCUGCUGGCCCUGGAGAGUCUCCAUCAGCAAGGCAUCCGGUGUCGGGACCUCAACCCUAAAAAUGUUCUGCUCACGAGCAACGGAAAGGUGCGUUUGACUUUUUUCGGACAGUGGAGUGAGGUUCAGUCAGAGAUCAGCUCCAAAGCCAUGGAACAGAUGUACUGUGCGCCAGAAAUCGGUGGUGUGGCCAGGGUGACGGAGGCUUGUGAUUGGUGGAGCCUUGGGGCUUUGUUGUUUGAACUCUUAACAGGAAUGCCACUGUGGCAGCUCCAUCCAGCAGGAAUCCAUUCUCACACCCAGCUGAUCAUCCCCAACCACCUGAGCGCUGCAGCUGCGUCUCUGCUCACAGAGUUGCUUCAGUUUGACGCUGGCUAUCGCUUGGGUUCUGGAGGCGGAGGCGUGAGUGACAUCAAGUGUCAUCCCUUCUUCAGCAGCGUCUCCUGGAAGGCGUUGAGCUGCUAGCAGGUGCAGCUGCCUCACCUCUGACCUCUGUUCUGCAUUGGAGCUGAACACUGACUCCUCGUGUGGCCAAAGCACCAGAACCUUGUUCCCUUUGUUUCACAAAGAAAAAUGACAAUAAAAACGGAAUGUCGCAUCCAAAACAUGAAAUUAAUUUAUUACUUCACUUCGGAGACUCAUGAUUGCAAUUUAAGUACUUUUGAUGCAAUUUGGGAAUAUUUACAUUUUAUAGUAUCCAUGCAUGAAAAAACUGACACCAUAUUAGUGUACAUUCUGACAAUUACCAAUGUUUGGAGUGUCCACCAUUAAAUUCUGUAAAAUAACAAGAAUAUCAGGCAAUAAAUUGUUACCUCUUCUCGA